AUGUUGUGUUGCUUAUACUCUGAUCAUUACAAGUUCAAAGUCGUGUUUUUGGCCUCAGCAAAGGAGAACAGCGUUAAGCAUUACUGUAAAAAAGGUCACAUCCUGCUUUCGACCUGUCAGGAACAGGAUAGUUGGCUUCCUCGUAUUAUGUGCAGAGUUCUGCUCCACCCGCCAGAACUUCUCCUGUGUACCAGCUGUGGUGAGCAGAACAUCACCUCUGCCCCACAUUGGCUCACAAUAAAAAUCCCACCCAAUAACCUCAAACCAUUCCUCCUGCUGCCGAGCCUUCAGCGAACAUCCAGGAUGCCUGCCGACUACUCUGGGACGUGGGACAUCGUCAGUAAUGUCAACUUUGAGGCGUACAUGGUUUCACUUGGCAUUGAUUUUGCAACCCGCAAGGUCGCUUCGAUGUUGAAGCCGCAGAAAGUGAUUAAGCAAGACGGAGACAGUUUCAACAUCCAGACGUUCACCACGUUCAGGAAUUAUGAGCUUUCGUUCAAAAUCGGAGAAGAGUUCAAGGAGGUGACGAAGGGGAUGGACAACCGGAGCUGCCAGACUGUGGUCAACUGGGACGGUGACAAGCUGGUGUGUGUCCAGAGAGGAGAGAAGAGGAACCGAGGCUGGAAACACUGGAUCCAAGGAGACGAGCUUCAUCUGGAACUCACCUGUGAGGAUCAAGUCUGCAAACAGAUUUUUAAAAGGACUCUGUGACCUUUUAAACGCAUUUGUAGUGUUUGCAUGAAAUGAGCAGAGCCACAUAAUAAAGAGCUUCUAAUCUGA